AUAGUCAUUUCUAAGUCGUUUAAUCGCCUAGUUCAUAUCAGUAUAUUCGUACAAGCUUACUCCUUCGGAUAAAUUAAAGUAAAUUAUAGACAAACAAGCAAUGGUAUCGAGUAAUCUUCAAUUGAAACUAUACUUCAUAUUUAUAUAUUUAAAUAUUUUAUCGAUUAGGGUGUGUUCAGGACAAAAUAUUGUUGACUGCGAAGAUGAGGGAAAAAUAAAAGGCAUUGGAAUUGACCAAAGCAAUAAGUGUUUUGUGUUUCUUCCUCAAGCGGAUGAUAAUCGACUUCCGCCAUUAAAUUUCUUGAUUGCAAAAGACUUGUGUUCCUCUCGUGGAUUUAAGUUAGCUGAGAUCACGAAUUUUGGUGAAAGUCUGGCUGUAUCAGCUCAUAUUCGAAGAGAGUACAAGUUGAAAAAUCCUGUUGACUAUCGUCCUAAUUUCAUUCUUGCUGGAAAAGAGAGUGCAGGCGGAGAUUUUCAAUAUAUAGAUGGACGGCCUUUAUUACAACAGGGAUGCUAUAUUUCAAAUUUUAAAACAUUUAUUGACAGUAAUCGUGAAAUGACACCUGAAAAAUGUAUUCAAGAUUGUAAGAGCAAAGGCUAUAGCUAUGCUAGCGUUAAAGAGAAUGGUUAUAAGCCGCAGCACUUUACUGACUGCUAUUGUGAUAAUAUACUUGAUAGAAGCUCUCCAAGUAGAUGUUCAAAACGUUGCACUCAGCUAGAAGGAAAAUCUAAUUAUCGUGACUACUUUUGUGGUUCAAACAAUGAUCGUUCAGUAUCUGCAAUUUAUAGAACAGAUGGUAUCUUCUCGAUAUUUGAUUACAACCAACCUUCAUGGGCUAGAGAUAAGGAAGACCGAGACAGCCAUAACUGUAUUUUAUUAAAAAGCAGUUCAAGAUAUGACGAUCAAGAAUGCUUUAAACCAGAUAGAAGUGCCUUAUGUGAACUCACUAAGGUUGACAAAGCUGGUUGUGAAUCAAAGAAAUAUACUUGGAUAGACUCUGUGAACAAAUGUAUUAAUUUCAAUAGACAGUUAUUUGAUAAUUGGUUUCAAGCUAGAGAUUCAUGCUAUUCACUUGGAGGAGAUUUAGCUGUUAUUGAUAGUAAAGAAUUAUUUACCCGUAUUUCAGAAAUUCAUGAAACGUCUUAUAAAAAUGAGUAUUUCUGGAUUGGCGCUUCGAAUAGACAAUAUACAUGGACGACUACAAAUACAUCAAUGAUUUUUUCGAGGUUUCUUAAGAGUACUGCAUUUAGCACAAAGGAAAAUUGUUUUGCUCUAAAUAUUGAUAUAGAAAAUCAAGGAGGAGAAUUUGGGUGGGUAGAUAUUGAUUGCAACGAUAUGAGCAAAGACAAUGGUGUCUUGUGCAUGUCAGAAAUAAAGACAAUCACGACAAAGCCUACAACUAAGCUAACUACAACAUUUAAGUCUACCAAAAAACCUACUGAUAAGCCUAAGACUACCAAGACACCUACUGAUAAGCCUAAGCCAGAGUCUACCACCGGUAAAGUUAUAGAAAAAUCUACAAAAAAAACUGGCUUAUCAACUGAGAAAGUUCCUUCAAAAAGUGAUAAACCAACUGUACGAGAUACCUUUGAAACGUCAAUACCCAUUAAUACAACCGUUAACCCAACAAUCUCAACUAAAAGUACAUCUCAGUCUAUUCUUAAGGCAUCGAAUAUCAAGGAAAGUGCCAAUCUUGAGCUAGAUAUAGGUGUUAUAAUUGUCAUUUGUUUGGCUGUUGCUGCCAUUAUUGGUGGUAUUAUGAGGGUGCUUGCAUACGUAUUAAUUGCCAAAACAACAGAGGAAGAAGAGAUAGCGAAUAGUGAUGGAACGUUAGAAUUGCAAGAUCAAACUAACAAUGUUAAUUAUUUUCAAAAUCAAAUAAUUCAAAAUGAAGACAAGGGCUUAAAGAAUGAACAAUUUAAUUAUUAAACAGGAAUAGAAGAGUCUUUUUUUUUCGGUUAAGCUUCGAUGUAUAAAAUUGUUAGACUAUAUUAAUGAUUUUUGUUUAUAUCAGUCUAUUAUUGAAUUUAUAAAUUGUAUUUAUUCAUUGUGUAUUAACUAUACAUACUAUAUACAUUCAAUGAAAUAUUUUUUAUACCGUAAAAUCUUUCUUCUGUGCUUACAUGACUUAGCCAAAGGAUAAUGGCAAAUGGUUUACAUUUCGGUUUUGAAAACUGCUUUAAAAGAGUGCAGUAACAUAUCUAUAUUAUAUAUA